UCACCUCUCAUCGUUUUCUUCUUGGGUUCACUCAUUCUCCUCUUUACCUUUCUGUUAAGAGAAGUUGCAGAGACUUUUGAGAGCUGCCAUGGCGGCUUCUCCAAUCUAUAAAUACACAAUCAUGUAUGUAUGUGUAUAUAUGUCUUUCUCCGCAACAAAAAUAGACUAAUUAUCAAACAAAUAAUAAAAUAAUUAGAAAGAAAAGUAAACCAUCGUUAGAUCUUAAAUACGGACAGGUGAGUUCUGUUCCUUUCUCUCUCCCUCUCUCCCUCUCUCUCUGGGAUCUCUUGCUUUUGCUUUCUUUCAUCAGUUCAGAUGAUCAAGAACCACGUGCAGAGCUGAGAUUCAGCUUGAACGAUCACCACACUUCACCGUCGUUAUAUUUUCCGAUGGCCACGUACUUCGCCGGAAACCUGGGAAUUCCCGGUGGAGAAGACGGCGGCCACAGCGCCGGCGCCGGCGGCGGGGGGUUAGGCUUACACACGAUGGUUCUCAUGAACCCUACAACAUACGUUCACUUCAACUCCGGCGCCGACCAAGACCCGCCUCCCAACUCCUCCUCCGCCGCCGCCGCCGGAAACUUUAUCCUCUUCAACCCUUCCACCGCCGGAAACUUCCUCGCGUCAAACCAGGCGCCACCGCAACAUUUCCACGACCACGACCACAACAACAACAACACAAAUAGCGUUAACAACGUUUCAGCUGUGUUGCAUGGCUUCAUCCCGCGCGUCUACGGCACGCCAGUGGAGGCGGCGCGUGAAACUCCACGCGCUAACCAGCAGGGGCUCUCUCUUAGCCUCUACUCCGAGCAGCAACGGCCUAGUUUCGUUGUUUCGGGUAUGCAGGGAUCGGUAUUGAGCUCCAAGUACUUGAAGGCUGCUCAAGAGCUUCUUGAUGAAGUCGCUACUGUUAAUGAAAAUAACACAAGUACCGAGAAUAAGAACAGAAAAUGCUUGUUGUCCAACAAAAAUGGUGAUGAAGUUGACGGAAAAUCCGCCGGAGAAUCCACCAGAGGAGCUGAAACCGGCGACAAGGUCGCCGCAGAGCUGACGGUGCCGGAGAGACAGGAGAUUCAGAUGAAGAAAGCUAGGCUAGUUACCAUGCUUGAUGAGGUGGACCAGAGGUACAAGCAAUACCAUAACCAGAUGAGAAUCAUCGUCUCAUCCUUCGAACAAGCAGCGGGCUCGGGUUCAGCGAAGACCUACACGUCACUCGCUCUCAAGACCAUCUCCAAGCAAUUCAGAUGCUUGAACGACGCCAUUAAAGCUCAAAUCAAAGCUCUGAACAAGAGCUUAGGAGGAGAAGAACGCGAAGAAGAUGAAGAAGAAGGCAAGGCGGAAGGAGGGUCUUCAUCGUCGUCGUCGAGGCUUAAGUUCGUGGAUCAUCAUCUUAGGCAACAACGGGCACUUCAGCAGCUCGGUAUGAUUCAUCACAGCAACAACAACAACAACGCUUGGAGGCCCCAACGAGGAUUGCCUGAGAGAGCAGUCUCCGUUCUUCGUUCUUGGCUCUUCGAACACUUUCUUCACCCAUAUCCGAAGGAUUCGGACAAGGUUAUGCUCGCUAAGCAAACCGGUCUGACCAGGAGCCAGGUGUCAAACUGGUUCAUAAACGCUCGUGUUCGUCUGUGGAAACCUAUGGUGGAAGAGAUGUAUCUCGAGGAGAUGAAGGAGCAUGAGAAGAACAAUGGCUCCUCCAAGAAGAAGGUGAACCCUAACGAGCAUCAGGACAAAGAAGAUUCCAUGCCUAAAUCUGUCGGUUACAGCGACAAGAAAGAGAAAAGCCAUGUUUCUGAAGCUCCACAGAACAGUCUGAUGCUGAGACAAGACAGUUUCAUGAACAACAAUGGUCAUGGAGGAAUCACCAUGGCUGUUCCUGUGACAGCUUCUGCCUCAGCGACUGGAUUCUCGAUCUCGGGAGCAUCUGAGUUGGAAGGAAUCACGCAAGGGAGCCCGAAGAGAGUUCGUAUAAACGAAAUCCUGCAUUCUCCAGCCAGCGUUCCCUCUGCCAAAAUGGAUUUCAACAUUCCCGAAAGAUUCAGAGACGAGAAGGAGUUUUCGUUCCUAGCCAGCAACACAAACUUCAUGGGAGGAAAUUUCGGGGCAUACCCGAUUGAGGAAGCCGGGAGAUUUGAAGCAGAGGAAUUCACACCGAGCUAUUCAGGAAACAACAAUGGAGUUUCUCUCACACUCGGCCUCCCUCACUGCGAAAGCUUCUCGGUUUCUGCCCCAACGCAUCAGAACUUCUUCCCGAAUCAGAACAUUCAGAUCGGUCGGGACGUGGAAAUGUCUGAGCCAAAUGAAUUUGGUGCCAUCAGUACCUCCGAGUCUCAUUCUUCAGCAGCUGCAUAUAACACGAUCAGUCUGCAGAACCAGAGGAGGUUCUCUGCUCAACUGUUACCCGACUUCGUUACCUGACGAUACUCUGCAAUCUGUUACUUAUGGGACAAGGAAACUGUUACUUGGGGAAGAAGGAAACUGUUACGGUAUACAUAGUAUAGGUCUAUACGUCUCAUUGAAGGAUUUGAGAAGGGAUUAUCACUAGGCCAGUUUAGGGUUUAGCAUAAAAUGGUUGAAGCAUGUAUAUUAAUUUUGUAAGCUGUAUUCAGAAACCUAAUUUCAGAUACCAUUAUUGGUUACAAGAUUCUA